AUGCAACCUCUAGUCAAAGAACACGUGUUGAUCCGCGGCACUCGAAUCGCCUAUGGCAUCUACGGAGAAAAUGCCGGAGAACCCGUCGUCCUACUACAUGGGACACCGUCCAGCUCGCUGAUCUGGCGAAAGGUCGUGCCUCAUCUGACAAGCGCCCACUACAGAGUCCAUGUCUUCGACUGGCUUGGCUACGGGCUCUCGGAACGCCCCUGGGAUCCAUCCAUCGAUACCUCUAUCUCGGGCCAGGUGCCGAUACUGGAGGACUUACUGGCGCACUGGGGUCUGGAAACAACCCAUCUAGUAGCCCAUGACAUUGGCGGAGGGAUUGCACAGCGCUUUGCCAUUUUCUCGCCACAGAGGAUUCGUUCCCUGACGCUCGUUGAUGUGGUCAGUUUUGACAGUUAUCCUUCGGCGAGGACGAAGAAGCAGAUGGAGGACGGACUGGAGUCUCUGAUCCGGGCGCCUGAUGCAGAACAUCGCGAGCAUUAUAGGGAGUGGUUGCUGUCUGCUGUGCAGAAACGCGAGCAACUUGAGAGGUCGAGCCUCGACACCUUCCUGGGAUAUAUUUCUGGCCCCGUCGGUCAGGCUAGUCUCUACCAGCAUCAGGUCCGGUUCUAUGAUCCCAAGCAUACGCUGGAGAUUGCCGACCGGUUGGGUGAGCUGGGGAAAUUGCCUGUGAAGCUGAUCUGGGGUGCGAAGGACGGGUGGCAGAUUCCUCAUUGGGCGCAUAAAUUGCAUGAAUCUAUACCCGGGUCACAAUUGGAAAUUAUCGAGGAUAGCGGGCACUUUUCUCCAGAGGAUCAGCCGGAAAAGCUGGCAGAGUUACUGGUCACAUUCCUGAGGGAACAUUCAUAG